CCUGCAGUAGCUACGCGGAACAACCGUGCGCCCAAUCAAGCUGUCGCUGCGACAGACGCAGUCACACCGGCGUCAAUGACUCCUCUGCUUUCCAGCAUCGAUCGCAUCAGCGCUGCUCUGGAAGCUGCAGUGGCACAUCCUCCACCGCCGACCGGUACAGUGCGUGUGUGCCACGCAACGGAAGACGAGUGGAACGCGUUUGCAGACAGCGAGGAUCCAAUCGCUCGACUCAAUUAUCUUGAAGGGUUUCCUGACACGAAAGAGAUUCACAUCAUCGAGUUUGCCGACGCUCCGCACAAAGAUUACGUUGGAGAGCUAAACGAUCAAUUUCGUGAGCGGCAUGUCAAGCGAUGGCUCAAAGGCCACUUGGCCGCCAAGAAUUCUCAAGGGCGACAAUGGUGCUCAGAUCUCAGUUAUGGACCACGCGAAGAAACACCCGGCUCGGUGCUUCCUCCAAACGUUCCAAUAUUUGCAGACUUUCGGACGAUUGAGGUUGAGAUUGGAGUUUCUCAGCAGUGGGGCAUGGCACCUGGAGAGCUCGACCACAAGGCGAUUGCCAUAUGGGCCGCGAUGCCAGGAGUCGAAUAUGUGCUAUGUGUGUCAUUCGAUCCCGACUUUGCGAAUGCCGAAUACAAGCUGUAUGAUGCUCGCGUCCAUCCACUUGUGCAGCUGGCUCCACUUCCAAUCGUCGCUCGAAACACGGUGAUCCAGUUGGACGGACGUCGAAUCCUUGGUAUUCCGCCACGGAUGGCGCUCCCGGAUCAUCACAUCCGGAAGUUUAUCAAAGGUCCAAGGGCGCGAAAAUGGGGUCGUCCGUUCUGCAACCACCAGCUGAACUUUAUCAAAAAGAACGGAGAACAGUGUUUGCUAGCUCGCAACAAGGAUCGCUGCGGCAAGCAUCCAAUUAUUAUGGAUCGGAAAAGUAUUGUCGCGGAGUGUAAUAUCGUAGAAGAAAUGUCACCACAAGCCAAUACCCAGUCGUCGCUGAGGCUGUUAGCGCCAUCGGUGAUCGAACCCGUCGAGGCCUCGAAUGUAAAAUUUGAACGCAAAAUGAAAAAGCAUGGAUACAAGGAAUGGAAAGCGGAGUAUGAACCACAAGAAGUCAAAGAAAAGAAUGAAGAUAAGGAAAAGAGAAGACCAUUAGAUAUUCUUAAGGAGAAGCUGAUUGAGAACGUCAAAGACAAGUAUAAGCAGAAUAUUCAGGUUCGAACAUACAUUGACUCAGAGUUUGAGCUCAAUAAUGACUAUGCUCCGCUACUUGAUCAAUAUCUCAAGCUCCAAUUUGACGACGAGACUAUUGAAGUUAUCGAUUUCAUGAUUGGUCGCCUAAUGUAG